AUGCCUAAAGCAAAUACUCCUCCCCCGGCCUUUGCCGCCCUCAAGGACACGGUGCUGUUCACUCCCUUGAAACUGGGGGGCAUCAGCCUCAAGCACCGCAUCGUCCAAGCACCAACAACUCGCAUGAGAAGCGAGUUCGAGUCUCGCGGCGUCUAUGUCCCGGGUGCCCGUGUAGCAAAGUACUAUGGCGACCGAGCCAGCGCCGGCGGUCUCCAAAUCACUGAGGCCACCGACAUCUGUCUCAAUGCCAGCGCCUACCCCGGCGUUGCGGGCGUCUUCACCGACUCCCAGCUGCAAGGCUGGCGCAAGGUGACCGAUGCCGUCCAUGCCAAGGGUGGCUACCUCUUUGUCCAGCUCUGGCACACCGGCAGAGCCUCUUCCGCUGGGAUGCGCGGAGGCGAGACCCCCAUCUCUUCCGGGACCCAGCCGAUGGACGGAAACUACUUUGAUGGAACUGCGUGCAAGGACGGUCCUCCGAGGCCCAUGACAGUGGAGGAGAUUCACAGCCUGACCGCGGAGUGGGCUGCGGCUUCAAAGCGCGCGGUUGAGGUUGCUGGCUUUGAUGGCGUUGAGAUUCAUGGCGCUAAUGGGUAUCUCUUGGAGCAAUUUCUCCAUGACAACAUCAAUACUCGCACAGAUGAGUACGGUGGAUCGAUAGAGAAGCGCUCAAAGUUUCUUCUUGACGUUUUAGCAGCCGUCAGUGCAGCCAUUGGACCCGAGAAAGUCGGCGUCCGUCUCUCGCCGUACAACUACUUUCAAGGGACAAAAGACAGCGACCCCAACAAGCACUGGUCGUUCAUCAGCCAGAAGAUUGCAGAGUUGCCAGAGACAGAGCGGCCUGCUUAUGUGCACAUGAUCGAGCCUCGCUUUGACGAAGUCUUGGACGAGGAACAAAAGCUCGCGUCGCUGGCCGGAACAAAGUCCGAGGCGACACAGACCAACAAUUUGACCCAGUUCAGGGACAUUCUCAAGCCGGCGGGUGUCUACUUCUUUGCCGCGGGCAACUUCAACCGCGACAAUGCCGUUACGAAGUUGAAGAGCGGCGAGUCGGACGCGGUGGUGUUUGGGAGGCACUUUAUCGCCAAUCCCGAUUUGGUGGAGCGGUUGAGGAACGGGUGGGAGUUGACCCCGUAUGACCGGACGACGUUCUACGGGGCGGAGCCUCCGGAAAAGGGAUACAAUGAUUAUGAGUUUUACAAGGUUGCCAAUGCGGAGGUUACGGCGAGUGCUGAGAAGUAG